AAGCAAAAGCCCCACGUACAUAAUUGUUCGCAGACAGUGGGCAGUAGGCAGCCUUAUUAAAUGCGACAGCACCAACUUCAAUUGAACCGUGUAUCAUUGUAUCAUUGUAUCAUGUAUUAAUGUACAUAAUGUACACACCAUCCAAUGCAUCUUUGAAUUCAAUGUUCUAUAUUCCAUUUCUGACUUAACAGUCUCUUAAUUCGUUUAAUGUUUCUCUUAUUUUACUAUUUGUCAUAAUAACCAUUUUAAUCUGUACAACUCCAUCUCCAUGGCUGGGAGAAAGCGGACUGCGUCGGGCAGUCAUGCUACUAAUGUGGCAGCCUCGAGGACCUCGCGGUCGCGAUCGACAAGAUCCGGUGCAAUGCGCUCCAACGUUCCCGAUAUCUAUCGCGAAAUGCUCAUCGAAGCCGAUACCCAGUCCAGCGUGACCCCAUCAGAGCGACCCUUAAAAAGACGGCGACCCGGUCAACAUAAUCAUCAAUCCCCCAAAAGACCCGAUCCUCCACAAGUGAUUUUGAAGAGUGAUGAUGUAGAUGAUGAAGACGACGAAGCCGAUGAAGACGUACAGUUCGAAGACGUGCCACCUCCUACUGCAACCAUACAGACAGUAGAGAGAGAUUCAGAUGAGGAAGAAGAGGAUGACGAAAUGCAAUUUGAGGAUUUCGAUUUCUCGCUUCCUCCUCCAGAUUUAGAUUCGAUUCCAGAUGGUGACAAGGAUCUCGAACUCGACUUCUCAGCGCGAACAACCGUAAAUAUCCAGAAAACUGCGGAUAGGCGGAAGCCGAUAACUAGGGCAGAGAAAGACCAUCGCAUUGAAAUACAUAGGAUGCAUCUGCUUUGCCUGUUAUACCAUGCUGCUCGCAGGAAUCGCUGGUGUAAUGACUCUGCUGUCCAAGAGCGAUUAAGACCUCUCCUCACUAACAAAAUGAUUAAAUACCUCAACCCAAGCACAAGUCUUACACAGUUUGGACAGGCGCAAUCUCUUAAGGAAGGAUUACAACACGUUGGAACUCUGUAUAAAACUCGAUUUCAGAUUACCGAGCGAGGAAUUCGGAGAGCGCUUUGGGCCGAUAAUGAGGAACAUCUACAGAAUUACCAGCUCCCAGACGACGCAGAGUCGCCUAUGGAUAAAGAAGACUUUCGCGAAGCAGCCAAGUCUCUUCGCGGCUCACGAGACGUUGGUGCUCAAUUAUAUUGCGCUUUGCUCCGUAGUGCCGGUGUAGAAGCUAGGCUCGUAUGCUCUCUUCAGCCUCUCGCUUUUACUUCCGGUGGGCCUGCCUUAGGAAAGCCACCGAAAGCAAAAGGAAAGCUAUCUAUUGAAGAGCAAUAUGCUCGAAUGACAAAAUACAACAACACUUUUGAGUCGCCAGUAGCUUCUGGGCCCCCAAUUGCCAAACGUUUAGGGCAUCCAAAUGCUAUGGCAUAUUAUCCGCCUAGAAUAACCCCCGCUAGCUCAUCUCGCAAACCUCCACCAGUCCCUAAGAAAAUCCGUGAAUCCGCCUAUCCUAUCUACUGGGUUGAGAUACUUGAUGAGGGCCACCAGAAAUGGCAGCCUGCAGACCCGUUGGUGACUGACUCCUUUUGGAAACCUCAGAAACUAGAACCUCCAGCCUCUGACAGAGAAAACUGCAUGGCAUAUGUCAUUGCCUUCGAAUCUGAUGGCACGGCGAAAGAUGUAACACGCCGUUAUGUAAAAGCUUAUAAUGCGAAAACUAGAAAAAUGCGGAUUGAAAGUGCACAAGCUACUGGGGACAAGUGGUGGCGAAAAGUACUACAAGCAUUCUCUCGUGGCAUUACGACAGAUCUAGACCAGAUUGAGAAUAACGAGUUGACUGAAUUGGAAUUGCGGGAACCAAUGCCUCGAAAUGUAGCUGACUUCAAAGACCACCCGAUAUACGCGCUUGAGCGACAUCUCAGGCGGAACGAGGUGCUUGUGCCAGGCGCGUCUGCUUCGGGGACAGUAGGUGCCGGUAGUAAAGGGCCGCUGGAGAAGAUCUAUCGGCGUAGGGAUGUGCGGAUUGCUCGUAGUAAGGAGAAAUGGUAUCGAAUGGGACGAGAGGUUCUCCCGAAUGAGAUACCUGUUAAAUUCCUGCCCAAACGGGUAAAACCUAAAGCGGACUUGUUUGGCGACGAAGAGGAUGAUGAUUGUGGAACAGUUGGAACACCAAUAUAUACACAUGAUCAAACUAUACUCUUCAAACACCCCCCUGUUAUCAAUGGACGAGUACCAAAGAAUCGGUUCAGGAAUCUAGACCUCUAUGUCCCGAGCAUGGUCCCGGAAGGUGGUGCAUAUGUGCCGGACGAGCUCGCUGCCCGGGCAGCUUUCAUACUAGGAGUUGACUACGCCCCGGCUCUAACUGGGUUUCUGUUUAAGGGGAAACACGGCACCGCCGUUCUCCACGGAGCAGUCGUGGCCGCGGAAAACGAAGAAGCUGUUUGCGCGGUCAUCGAUGGACUAAAAGAACAGGUUGCAGAAUUCGAAAAAGCGCAACGGACCCGGGAGGUCCUCAAGGCUUGGAGACUGUUCUUGAUGAGCCUGAGAGUCCGGCAGCGGAUCUGGGCUGACGUCGACUCAGAUGAAGAGGGUAAUCAUGAAGACGUUGUGGAGUCGGGCGACGGUGAUGAUCAUGCCAAGGCGCUGAGAAGCGAUGCAAGUGACGAGGCUGGCGGCUUCAUCGUCGAUGAUGAGGACAUGGCAGGGGGCUUCAUGGUUGACUGAAUGCCUACCUACCUACCUACCUCCUAUACGGCAUACCUAUGCUGGUGUUGCGAUGGAUUGCGUGGCCUACUUAUGUGCCAAGUAUAUAUGGUGAUGAAGGAAGAAGUAUAGAUUUGAAGUUGGCGCAUAUAUGUAUAGAUAUCCCUCACUAUUUACGGUUCAGCGUUGACGUUGUAUAUGAUACUUGAUAUUUGAUGACUGUACUCGCAAUAUCUUACUCGAACAGGGGGCUAAUUACGUGUAUCUCCUUCGCUAUCAAGCCCAUGUACCUAACACGCCUUUAAACGGUUGACUACACAUAUGGACGGAGGUCGGAUGUAAGUCUAUGUAUGUAGGACAAUGUAGGAUCUCUAUGUUGUUAUUACUAGCUCACCAACAAGACCACAACCCACUAUCCCG